ACUCUCAAAAAGAGUAAUAAAAAAGUUUCUCAAAACUCCAAGAAUUUGCUCAAAACUCAAACCUAAACGUGUUUCACAUGAGUAUUCUGUUGAGACAAACAAAUCGCUUUUUUGUUUGUUACUUAUUUGUGUUGCGAAUGACUCUGAACACCCGACACGAGUCCCGGUGCACCAAAUGUUGCCACUAUUGCCGUACGAUCAGUGCGUUUGUGUUCUCGCACGUAGGUCUGGGCGCACUGGUAUUCGGCUACUCGAUAGUCGGCGCCUUUACCUUUCGGGCCCUGGAGGCGCCCAAUGAACUCAAUUACCGGCAUUUCGUGGCUAAUGAGAGGUUAAAGUUUGCGGACACCCUCUGGACUAUCACUCAAAACAGUUCAGUACUGAAGCAGAAGGAGUGGUGCGACGAUGUGUCCAAAGAGUUGGAAAAGUUGGAGAAAUCACUGGUCAUUGCAUUGAAAUAUAAUGGUUAUGAC